UCACCCAUACCCUUCCCUGAGGAGCUAGCUGCAAGUGUCAUGAAAACCUCAGAGCAAUAGAUGCCACCCUCUCCCCAGCCUGUGCCUAAGGAGCAAGGCAGAAACUUCCAUUUCCAGCAGCCUUACAGGGCUGGUGACUGCAGACAGACGUCGUUUAUGAUGUGUAUUGGCCCAGAGCCGGGCAGGGGGCCUGGAAUUUCUCUGACUAGCAAGAGCCACUGGACCAUCUGACAAAGCUCAUCCGUCUUGAAACUUUCUCAGCUCUGCCACUGUGAAGAACCCAUCUCUGGUGCCUUCAGGAUAGAGGCUAACAGUUAUCCUUUUCAAUCUUAAAGGAGGUUAAUUAUUUGAGGGUCUCUUUCCGGCAAGGAAGACCCCAAGUGAGUGUCCUUUUCCCCAUGGGGAGUGACACCUUCUCACUUCCCUGCCACAGACAAACUGACCAGCACAUCACCUGACCUGCGAGAUAACCUUUGAGGCCAUCCCAGCUGGCUGGAAGGAGAUCCUGACACCAGUCCCCAUGGAUACUCAGGAAUGGCUGCAUGUAUCUGCCUAUGGAAGCCACAGAGGAGGAACUAAAUAGCAACAGACCGGAGAGUGGAGGAAUCUGCCUUGUCUCAUCCCUCCAGUGCCUGCACAGCCCCUGCACACACCUAGGUCUCGGGUCCUGAGGCUGCCGACAGACUAUGGGUACCACGGCCAGCACCGCCCAGCAGACGGUCUCGGCAGGCGCUCCCUUUGAAGGCCUCCAGGGCGGCGGCACGAUGGACGGCCGGCAUUCCCUCAGCGUCCACUCCUUCCAGACCAUGAGCUUGCACAACAGCAAGGCCAAGUCCAUCAUCCCCAACAAGGUGGCGCCUGUCGUGAUCACGUACAACUGCAAGGAGGAGUUCCAGGUGCACGACGAGCUGCUCAAGGCCCACUACGCGCGGGGCCGGCUCUGCGACGUCUCCCCCGAGCACUACCUGGUGCAGGGCCGCUACUUCCUGGUGCGGGACGUCACUGAGAAGAUGGACCAGCUGGGCACCUCGGAGAGCUGCGGGGCCCCCAACUUCCGGCAGGGGCAUGGUGGGCUGGCGGUGUUUGGCAUGGGGCAGCCCAGCCUCUCAGGAUUCAGACGGGUCCUCCAGAAACUUGAGAAGGACGGACACACGGAAGGCGUCAUCUUCUGCGUGCGGGAGGAGCCCGUGCUGUUCUUGCGAGCUGGCGAGGACUUUGUGUCCUACACUCCUCGAGACAAGCGGAACCUCCACGAGAAUCUCCAGGGCCUGGGUCCUGGGAGCCCGGUGGAGCGGUUGGAGCUGGCCAUCCGGAAAGAGAUCCACGACUUUGCCCAGCUGAGUGAGAACGUGUACCACGUGUACCACAGCACGGAGGAGCUGCGGGGGCAGCCCCUGGCCGUGGCCGUCCGGGGCGAGGACGACGUGCACGUCACCGAGGAGGUGUACAGGCGGCCCCUCUUCCUGCAGCCCGCCUACAGGUACCAGCGCCUGCCCCUGCCUGAACAAGGGGCCCCCUCGGAAGCCCAGCUGGACGCCUUCGUCAGAGUCGUCAGGGAGACCCCCAGCCUGUUGCGGCUCCGAGAUGCCCACGGGCCUCCCCCCGCCCUGCUCUUCAGCUGCCAGUCAGGUGUGGGCAGGACCAACCUGGGCAUGGUCCUGGGCACCCUCGUGCUGUUUCACCACAGUGGGAUGAUCUCUCAGCCGGACUCUGUCCCCCUGCAGACCAAGCCACUGCCCAUGGGGCAGUUCCAGGUGAUCCAGCGCUUCCUGUGCACCGUGCCCCAGGGAAGGAAGGUGGUAGAGGAGGUGGACAGGGCCAUCGCCGCCUGUGCAGAACUGCACGACCUGAAGGAGGUGGUCCUGGAAAGCCAGAGGCAGCUGGAAGGCGUCCAGAGCAGGGCGCAGGGAAGCGGCGGCCAGGAUGAGGCCUGGCAGAGGGCGCUGCGGAGCCUGGAGCGAUACUUCUACCUGCUCCUGUUCAACUACUAUCUCCACGAGCAGUACCCCCUGGCCUUUGCCCUCAGUUUCAGCCGCUGGCUGUGUGUCCACCCUGAGCUGUACCGCCUGCCCGUGACCCUGAGCCCCGCGGGGCCUCCGGCUCCCAGGGACCUCCUUGCCACCGGCUCCCUGGAGGUAGACGACCUCGUCUCUCUGGACACGCUCAGCACCAUCAGGGAGAUGGAUGUGGCCAACUUCCGGCGAGUGCCCCGCAUGCCCAUCUAUGGCACGGCCCAGCCCAGCGCCAAGGCCCUGGGCAGCAUCCUGACCUACCUGACUGAUGCCAAGAGGAAGCUGCGGCAGGUGGUCUGGGUCAACCUGCGGGAGGAGGCUGUGCUGCAGUGUGACGGUCACACACGCAGUCUGUGGUGGCCCGGGCCACCCCUGGUCCCUGACCAGCUGGAGGCCCUGGAGACCCAGCUGAAGGCCCACCUGAGCACACUGCCCCCCGACACCAAGGGCCCUCCGAGCCCCAGGUUCCAGACGUGCCUCACCAUGCGGGAGGUCUUCAGCCAGCACCGCGGGGCCUGCCCCGGCCUCGCCUACCACCGCAUCCCAGUGCCCGACUUCUGCGCCCCGCGGGAGGAGGACUUUGACCGGCUGCUGGAGGCCUUGCGGGCUGCUCUCGCUAAGGACCCAGGCUCUGGCUUCGUGUUCAGCUGCCUCAGUGGCCAGGGCCGGACCACGACGGCGAUGGUGGUGGCCGUGCUGGCCUUCUGGAGCAUCCAAGGCUGCCCCGAGGUGGGCGAGGAGGAGCUGGUGAGCGUGCCAGAUGCCAAGUUCACCAAGGGCGAGUUUCAGGUGGUGAUGGAAGUGGUGCAGCUGCUGCCCGACGGGCACCGCAUGAAGAAGGAAGUGGACGCGGCACUGGACACGGUCAGCGAGACCAUGACACCCAUGCACUACCACCUGCGGGAAAUCAUCAUCUGCACCUACCGCCAGGCGAAGGCCGCCAAGGAGGAGCAGGAGGCGCGGAGGCUGCAGCUGCGCAGCGUGCAGUACCUGGAGCGCUACGUCUACCUGAUCCUCUUCAACGCCUACCUCCACCUGGAGAAGGCCGGCUCCUGGCAGAGGCCCUUCAGCACCUGGAUGCGGGAGGUGGCCUCCAAGGCCGGCGUCUACGCGAUCCUAGACCAGCUGGGCUUCCCUGAGCUGGAGGGCCUGGAGCGCCAGCCCUUCUCACGGCUGCGACACCGGUGGCAGGAGCAGAACCGCGGCCCCGAGCCCCCUGCUGCCGGGGACUUCCUGUAGGGGCUCCCUGUCCCUCCUGCAGGGCAGGUGGGGCCCUGAGCUUCUGCAGCUGGACUGACCCUGGGGUGCCGCCAUGAGGACCCGAGUCCCAGCUGCCUGGAGAGACCGGGGCUCGGGAGCCUUUCCAGAAGGAGCUUCACGUAGGACACGUGGCGGGCACAGUCGUUCCUGGCGACUCAGAGGCAUGAGCCUCCAGGGGACCAGGGUGGGCACCUUGCAGACCUGCUGGCGUUCAGCUUCCUAGGAGCACACUCCCCCGUCAAAAGCCAAACGCCAGUGGCCACCUCCGUCCUGUCCCUCUCAGAGGUUCGAGCCUGACCUGGGGCUCCCCUGCCCU